CCGACUUAAAACUGACUGGUUAAACCAGGGUGGUCGAAAAUGUAACGUUACCUGAAAAACAACGCAGUCCACAGACCGAGAUGAGCAGUCAGCGAGCAUUUCAGUCUUAUAGCCACGAAUCUUUAUCAAAAUACGAUGGACAUGAUGUUUUUGUUGCUUCUCUUCUGUCACGUUUCAUCAGCAGUGAAACACUCCCUGAAGUAUUUCGUAGCUGGAUCUUCUGGAGUGUCAGACUUCCCAGAGUUCAUGGGAGCUGCAGUGUUUGAUGGUAUUCUGGUGGGUUACUGCGACAGCAACACCAGGAAAGUAGAAACAAAACAGGACUGGGUGGAAAAACUUUUAGAAAACGACACUCAGCAGUUACAGUAUUACAAGCAUGAGUGUUUUGAGUAUCUGCCGAAUGUCUUUAAAGACAGGAUACAUUUUUUUAAGCAGCACUUCAACCAAAGUGGAGGUGUCCAUGUUUUACAGAGGAUGAGCGGCUGUGAGUGGGAUGAGGAGACAGGAGAGUUUAAUGGUUUUAGUCAGUAUGGUUAUGAUGGAGAGGACUUGAUGGCAUUUGACCUGAAGACAUUGACAUGGAUCGCUUUGAAACCACAAGCUGUCACCAUCAAAGAGAAAUGGAAUGCUGACAAACCUAGAGCAAAAAAUAAUGAGGUUUACCUCACUCAGAUUUGCCCUGAGUGGUUGAAGAAGUAUUUGGACUCUGGGAGGAUGACUCUCCAGAGAACAGACCUUCCCUCAGUGUCUCUCCUCCAGAAGACUCCCUCCUCUCCAGUCAGCUGCCACGCUACAGGUUUCUACCCUGACAGAGCCACGAUGUUCUGGAGGAAAGAUGGAGAGGAGCUUCAUGAGGACGUGGACCUCGGAGAGAUCCUCCCCAACAACGAUGGAUCCUUCCAGAUGAGUGUUGACCUGAAUCUUUCAUCAGUCACACCUGAAGACUGGAGGAGGUACGACUGUGUGUUUCAUCUCUCUGGCGUGAAGGACGACAUCAUCACCAAACUGGACAAAACAAAGAUCAGAACCAACUGGGGCAAAGGGUCAGACACACAUACAGAGUGCAACCAGUCAGCAGAGUGUAAGACCAAGAGCCAGUGAAGAAACAGGUGACUUUAUACUGUAAGGAUAUUAUGCAGCUGUCUUAGGGAGGAAGGGAGUAGGAACCACCUGCUCUGAGAUGAAGGACAGUCAGAUAAGAAACUGUCUAAUGAGCUACUUUCCCCCUGGGAACUUUCACCUAGCUGCAACAUAAUAAAGUUAUCACAGCAAUGCAGCAUAAAAGGUAAAACCGUAAAAUAUACAAUUUCCAUCACACAUCCCUAGUAAAUGCUUACUUCUUUCAAUCUCUGCUCCCCGAGUUUGGAAAGCACGCUCUCUUUUUUUUUUUUCAGACAAGCUGCAUAUCGGCACAACACUCCCAGAAAAAAGGCAUUGUGAGAGCAGCUACGGACAGACAGGGAGACAUGCUGGAAAAUCCCACUGCAAUGUUACAGAAAUGUUUUUAUCAGCUUGAGGUUCAACUAACCCAUUCUCAUUACAUGAUAACGUUACAUUUACUGCAUUUAGCCGUCGUGACAUCGUCGUUAGCUCACCUGCUGCUUUUCAGUAACUAACAUGACUAUCUGUGUAUUUUUACCAUUGCAUCCUUUCUUGCAGGCUAAGUCAACACUUUGACUUAAUACACAGGUAAGUAAUAUGGGUCCCGUUAGUUGGUGAAGUAAUGUGGAAAGCGAUACAACUUUGCACCAGAGAACAUGUUUCCCCAGCCUUUCUGAUGUUUUCACCGACAUCAUCUAUAUCUCAUUUGGUCUGUUUGGGCUUCAUCACAUAAACCUUUAUUGUUGUUUUAUAUCCUUACGUGGAGUUUGUGUUGAAGUGUGUGUUGUGCUGGGAGCCGAUUGUUUUAUGGUGUUAGUGGACUGCAUGUCGUAGCUGUGGUGUUGUCACUGUAGUCGGAGACAGGAUCGCGAGCGCACACAGAGCUACAUCCUGACCCGGUGUCCAUUUAUAGCAGAUAUGCAAGCAACAGAGAAAACAGGCAUGUGCUUCAUUUCUAAGUGAGGUUACAGCACGUUGACAAAAAGGAAGACAACAUUUGAUCUAUUAAAGGGGUUUUAUGGAGUUUUCAGCAGCCACUAGCGCUGCGGUUCUAAGAUUGUAACCUGCUUGAACUCAUGAGCGAGCAUAACCCGAAACACAACCACU